AUGUGGCAGGGCAAAAGACUUUUUCACUCGCUCACGGCCUUUACGGGUUGGGGAGUAUAUCGUUUUGUGAUUGCUCAGUGCGAGAUUCAGGCAUCGCUUCUGGGGGUUAAAAUGGUGAUAUGGUUGUCAAAACCUCCACCAACUCUCACAUUCACCCGGACAUUCACCAUCGACUUCUACAAUACACAAAAGCAAAAACAAGAAAUUUAUGGAGCGGUAGAAAAGUUUUUCAUGUCAAUUCCCCCCGGGAAAAAUUUACUCUGUAGCUUGCUUGCAUUUGGUCACAGACAUGAAAAAUUUAGUUUUAAUUCAAUUUGUAAAUGGAUAUUUGGGACUUUUGAUGUAACGGGAUGA